AAGUCAGAAAGAACAUAUGUCAACCAAGCAGGCAACUGAACAGUGCAAUCACACCUCAGUCUUGUCUGUUUUGAUGUGUGAAAGUUGACAGCUUACUUUGCUUCUCUUUACUACAAUGGACAGUGCAUUUGACAACCUAGAUGCAGCUGGUUUCCUGGAAAUCUGGCAAUAUUUCGAUGCAGAUGAUAAUGGCUACAUCGAGGGAAAAGAGCUUGAUGACUUUUUCCGCCACAUGAUGAAGAGACUGGGUCCACAGGAAAAGGUGACUGAGGAACAAGUUCAGAGGCUGAAGCAGAGGUUUAUGUCCGCCUAUGAUGCCACUGCUGAUGGGAGACUACAGAUUCAGGAGUUGGCCAAUAUGAUCCUCCCUGAAGAUGAGAACUUCCUGUUAAUUUUCCGCAGAGAAGCUACUCUGGACAACAGUGUUGAUUUCAUGAAGAUAUGGAGGAAGUAUGAUGUUGACUGCAGUGGCUACAUAUCAGCUCAGGAGCUCAAGGCUUUCCUGAAAGACCUGUUUCAACAGCACCACAAGGAAGUGUCAUCUGAUAAGAUGGAUGAAUACACUGAUGCAAUGAUGAAAAUCUUUGACAAAAACAAGGACGGCCGCUUGGAUUUGAACGACCUGGCCAGGAUCUUGGCUUUAGAGGAGAAUUUCCUGCUCCAGUUCAAGAUGGAUGCCUGUAGUAAGGAGGAGAGGAAGAGAGACUUUGAGAAGAUCUUCAACCAUUAUGAUGUUAGUAAGACAGGGGCACUGGAGGGUCCUGAGGUGGACGGCUUUGUCAAAGACAUGAUGGGGCUGGUCAGGCCCAGUAUCACAGGUCCUGAGCUGGACAAGCUGCGAGCAGUUCUACUGCGUCACUGUGACGUCAACAAGGACGGAAAGAUCCAGAGAAAUGAGCUAGCUCUGUGUCUGGGAGUCAAGCCUAAUCCUUAGUUAAUGAUCUGUAUGAUACUGUAUUAUGAAACACUGACUCUGUAUUUGUUGUAUAGUCAAUAAUUGUAGAAUGCCGUGUUUUGAUCCAAAACAGGUAAUUUAAGGUCAAUAUUCAUAAAGUGUUAUUUUAUCCUGAAUAUGAUAGAAACACAAUUGGACAGUGUGUACUAUGACUUCAAGUUGUGCAUGUGUUGGGGCCAAAAGAAGAUAAUGAGUUGUGAAUAUUUUUGUUGUUUUGUUUUUUUUUUAUGUCUGGUGCUGUAAGAAUUAUAGUAUAUUAAUCAGUUUGUCUGUCAGUGAACAUGUCAGCGUAGCUUUUGAAAACAUAGAAUGUUUUUCAUUGUAAUAUUAGGUUUUUAUGCUUUUAGUUUGUAGCUGGAGUAUGUUGGCCAUUACUGAUGUUUGGCCAAUAGCAUGUUUCUCUGCCAAAAAACAUACAGAAUGCUGUUAAUUGUUAUUCUAAAAUAAUGGGCUGUUGAGAAAAUAAAAAUACGAUGACAAGUAC